AUGGAGGAAAGUGAAGAUGUGCCAAAAGAUUUUAUCAAGCUCAAGUCUGAAAAGCUCUCCGUAGAUGAAGUGUCAGAGCUGGUUGUUUCACCAUCCUGUGGGGCAGUGUCUCUGUUCAUUGGUAUUACAAGAAAUAAUUUUAAAGGAAGAAAAGUGAUUCACUUAGAAUAUGAAGCAUAUUCUUCAAUGGCAGAGACUGAAAUAAAGAAAAUCUGUAGAGAUGUUAGACAGAAAUGGCCUUCAGUCAAACAUAUUGCAGUGCACCAUAGACUUGGUGUGGUUCCAGUAACUGAAGCAAGUGUAAUUGUUGCAGUCUCCUCUCCACACAGAGCGGAAUCCCUUGAAGCUGUAACGUACUGCAUCAAUACCUUAAAAGCAUCUGUCCCCAUAUGGAAAAAGGAGAUUUAUAAGGAUGAAUAUUCUUGGAAAGAAAACAAGGAAUGCUUUUGGGCAAAUUCAGAAAAAUAAUUGUACUCUUUUGAAAAUAAAGUGUU